GUGACAUUUCCUGAAGUUCAGCUGCUUUUAAAAACUUCCUCUCCUCUUUACACUUCUUAAUUGUAUAGACUCGAUCAUAACCAGUUUCUGCUCUGAAUAUGAAUUUUCUGACCUUCAUAUUACUUUUGGCUGUAGGUGUGUGUGAAGCAGUGCUUUCGCAGAAAUUGUCAUGUCCCCAUGAACUAAAACACCAGAGCCUGCAGAGGGUUUGGUGUCGGCAGACCUCUGCUGAGUGCUGCACCGGCUUCGCCUUCAACCAGAACACUCAGAUGUUGGAUGGAGGCAAACUGAAGGUGACCCAGCACUCCCACUCCUUCACUGUGGUAAUGAUGGAGCCUGACCACAGUGGAGUGUACUGGUGUGGUGUGCUGACCAAAAACAACACCAUUAUUAAGCUUGCUGAAGGCUACUUCUACAGCUCGUCUGGUGCUUUCAUCUGGAGUUUAGCUCGCUGGAUUCUGCUCCCUCUGGUGCUCGUAGUCACCCUUUCCACCUAUGUGUGUUUGUCAAAAAAAAAAAAAUUUCACUAUGAGAAAGCAGAGGAGAUGUUCGUUGAUGCUGCUGCAGAGUGAUGGUGCAGCAUCCUCCAGUGAGACAGAGUCAUGAAAAGCACCAUGGCAGCAGAUCAUGACUUGGUGUUGAGGUUUAAAAAAAAAAGACUUUUCUCUCCUUUUUUAUGAAGAAAUAAGUUUGCAUUUAUUGGACAAACUGAGGCAAACUCACACAUAGAGUAAAGAUGGAACAUGUCAUGGGGUGAAAAAUAUAUGAAGGGUUUUAUUCCAAAAUGUUAUACAUCCAUUUGUGAAAAAAAUACCUGAAACACAAAAUUUCUAAAGUGCAUAUCAUUCUGAGGAAUGUUAUUACUUUGUCAGCAGAAUUUGACAUGACUGUCCUUUAUUCAAACAUUUCAGUGGCAUAGUUUCCACGGGGUGUAGGCCAUUUUGGAACAGAGCUCUUCAAAUAUAUAUAUUUAUAUUUUAUAUACUUUAUACAUUCUUUUCUUGCUGUACAUUUAAGUCUCAUGCUUUGCUUGAAACUGUAAUCAGCAUUUAUCCUUAAACAAGACAAAAAUAAAAUAAAAAAGCACACAGUAUUCAGGAUUAAUGCUGCAUAGUUUCAACUUUGGAAUAUCAAACAUUAUUUCUUUGUAAACCAACAGAGUGUAACCGUCUGCCUGCAGGAGAUGGACAACUGUAUGAAAUCUGUCAGGAUAUGAAAUUUUGUUCAAAAAUACACAUCACUUCCCUUGGAUGCUUCACCUGCUUGAUGUGAGUUAUGGAAGAUGCAUCUCAAGUUUAUCACGAGCAGACAAGCUAGGUCCUUGGGACAAAAGACGUAACGUGAAGAGUUCGUAUCGCUGUGUGCAUUUCCUUAAAAAGCUGCGUAAAUGAACAUCCAUACUGUGUACAUUACAGGAGGAAAUUUCAGAAAUGUGACCAGCUUUGACCCACAAUAAGGUGUAUUUUCAGUUUGACCAUUAAGGACAGCCUGAACGCAAAGUAGAUCACACAAGGAAAACCCUGAAGUUUAGCAACACAAAUACAAGCAAUAAUAAAUAACACAAGGAUAAAAUAAUGAGAAAAUCCUGGAAAUGUUGCACUUAGAAAUAUUAACAUUGUCCUUUAAAAGGAGUGCUGCUCAAUGAGAAUCAAACCGAAGCAGAAGACAAAUAAAUGUACUGUUUCACUGCAAUCUUAUCACCGGAUGCUACAGAUCCACCAAUAAAAGGUGAGGACAACUUUCUAAACCCUACGGAGCUAGCAAACAGUUUACAGUAAGAACACUUAAAAUGGUUCUGGGGGACAGCUGCACAUCAUUCCCUUGUAGUGACCUUCUUUAAGGCAAUUGCAGAGAAAAUGGGGAGAACUGCUGUGUGGCCACCCCACGUCAGACUCUGAUGAAGCCAACAGCACGAAGACUGAUUACAGUAGCUGAUGUGGUCAGGCUGAUCCAAUGUUAAGUCCACAGACGAGUCACAUGCUAACCCUCGGGCCCAGUGGCGAUUUUCCAUUUCAUGCUAUGGUUUGACUUCUUUUUUUUCCACUGUAGGUUGUACCAUGUUACUGUUUUCUUUUUUUUUUUUGGUAUGCAGUGACAUGGAAACGAUCAGUCACUGAGAAUCAUCACUCGGUGUAAAUGACGUCUCUGCUGCAGCACACACCAACACUUCGCCUCCUCUAUGAUGUUUUAAAGCUGCCGCACAAAUUACAAUAUAACCCACAGACGCACUGCAUGUUGUGUGCAUUACUAACUAAACCGUGAGCACGUUUAUUAAUCAAUUCCAUUGCAAACAUUUGUGCAAAGUUGCAUGUCUUGCAUUUAAGUUGCUGCAGCAGAUGUGAUCUGAACCAUGUUGAUGGGUUUCAGGAGAGGAAAAAGGAAGCAAGGAACCGAGCUGAACCAUACAGCAGCAUGUAAUGGAAAAACUCCACGUACAGUCCGGGCUUUUUUGCUUUUCAUCAGUUUAUGAUUGCAGAUUUUUCUUUUCUGAGCUUAACACAAUGACUUUCUGCCAAACAGAUUCUGUCCUGUGGAAAAGUUGUUUAAAUAUCAACUGACCCCAACCAGCAGAGGAAAAGCACACGAACGGCUGCUAUGGUGGCAAAUAGAAAAGCAGCAGAUACUUUUCAGCUUAAAGACAUCUCCCUAUUUGAGACCAUUAGUCAGUUGUGGGUGAGAACAAAUUAAGUGCAGACAAACAUGACAGAAACUAAGAAAGAAGCUGACUUAGUGUGAACAAUGCAAUCCUGGAGAGAAAUAAGAAGCCAUUCAUAAAUCAGCCCACUCAACAUGUUUUUUUUUUUUCCAUAAUUAAA